CUUGCGUUUGUUGUGUGCACAAAUGGCGCCUAAGAAGCGUGCGUUGGAGCAAAGCAGUGAAGCAGCAGACACAAGCAAAAAGAAGAAGAAGAAUGCCAAGCUCGUCUUCGUUCUCGGCCACGGCGCAGGCAAGCAUUCUCUUACACAGAUCCAGCUCAACGCGUGAAGCAUCGGUUUUUUUGCUGUCUGUUGUGUCAUUGCAGGCACCAACUCGAGUCAUCCGAAGAUGCAGGGAUGGAAAAAGAAGCUCGAAGAGACCUUCGCUGACGAGGGCGUGAGUGUGGUGAUGGUUGACUUCCCUCGGCCGUUCAACAAGAUGAACAAGAUGGUGCUCGCCCACAAGGCUGCUGUGGAGGCCGCCAGCAAAGAGGCAGACCGCCUCUUCCUCAUUGGCACGUGAGUGAAUCAGCGAAGGUGCGCAUCUCUCUCUUUUAUGUGUGUGUGUGUGGUUCACGUAGGUCGAUGGGCUCGAGAGUGGCUGUGCAUCUGUGCAACGACCAGCCGGAGGUGCGGUCGAAGGUCCAUGGUAUGAUCGCACUCGGGUAAGCACAGACGGGGAUACGGCUGACGAACACAGACGUGUUCGUUGUGUGCAGCUAUCCUCUCAUCAGCGUUUCGAAGGUGCGAUCACAUGAAAUGCUUCACCUAGUCGUGAUUUGUCUUUCAUCUCCUCACUGUGCAGGAGCUGAGAGAUCAGCCCCUGAAGGCCCUUCCUUCCGACGCGCCACCCCUUCUCUUCAUCACGUAACAAACACUCUGACGUAACCAGCAGGGCAGUGAGUGAAUGUUCAUCGCCAUUCAUCUCUACUCGUGUGCAGCGGCACCAAAGACCACAUGAGCCCACUGGACCAGCUGGAGGCGACGAGGAAGAAGAUGAAGGGCCGCACUGAGCUCUUGUCCAUCGAUGGGGGUGAUCACGGCCUGACCGUCAAGGGCAAGGGCAAGCAGGAGGCGGCUGACAAACAAAUGCUGGACAAGAUCAGGGAGUUCGUCCACAGCCUCCAGUCGGGUCUGUCCUGAGCGUAUGACUGGCUGGAUGUCUGUAUAGUAACCAACGCAGUGCUGUUUGUAUGGAUGCUGUGGUUGUUCGUUGAGCACAUUUGUGGAUUUGACUGCAUGUGGUG